UGACAGCAUCAUGCAAUCGAGUGUCCCCCCGAUGGGAGGCCGUGUGUGGAUUAAGCUGCUCCUCGUCGCCACGCUGACGUCCUUCGCGGACUGCAUCACGCCGUCAAUCAUGCCCCCGCAGAAGCGCGCCGGCGGUUCAGACACAUUCAAGGAUCACUGCAACAAGACCGUGGACAUUUAUGUGGACGUGGCGUCGCCGGAAGUGACAAACCUCAAUCGCGGCCAACCGCUGACGUGCUGGUAUCGCUUCAGGAGCUUUCGAGGAGCGCCGCGGGAUUGGGUCCUGAGGUUGAGGUUCAACAAAUUCAAAGUCGGCACUCUCGUGAAUGCUACGCACUGCGACGGCGGAUAUUUGCAGAUUGUGGAUGGUAAUGCCAAGACUGAUGUCUCCAAUCGUCGUGAACCAGGCAUGUUUUGUGGUGAGGCUGAACAACCGCAGACGUUCAUUAGUGAGACGAGCUACGUUAAAAUUCUCUUUCACACUGACAAUUUCACGGAUCAGACGUAUUUCUCAUUCGAGUCGAGAGCCGAACAACAAAUGGAAGUGUAUCUGCGCUAUGGCCAGCAUCCAGAACUGUACCCAAAUCGACGGGGUGAAGUGGUGCAGGGGGCGUACUGCGAACGCGAGUUUCGGGACUGUCGUCUGCAGACAUGCUACGUCCAGUCGCCCGCAUAUCCUGGCCUGUACCCGAGAGCCCUGAAAUGUCGCUACCGGCUCCACACGAGGCAACCAUUUAUCAAGCUCUACUUGCAGAACGAGCACUUUGCCGUUGAUGGACAGAGGUGCGAGAACAUCAUGACCUGUCCUAUGCGCGAAAUCGGAUCCGGAGUCGAGCACUGUCCGUACGACUGGCUGGCCGUCUAUGACGGACGUGACGAGCAUGCAUCGCUCAUUGGACGAUUCUGUGGCAUGGGCAAGUUUCCCUUCAGCAUCAUUGGCACUUCUCAGCACAUGUAUGUGGAAUUUGUGACGUCUCCGGCGGGUCCGCUGCUCAACACGGGCUUCCACUUCAACGUGGGCAAUUGGCCGGGUCACGUGGAGACGGCGGGCGUGAAGAGCGGCGCCUGCGACUGGCUGCUGAGCUCUGACGCCCUGCGCGCCACGAGCGCCUCGGAGGGCAUCUUUCUGAGCGUGGCGCACUGGUACCCGCCCAACACGAGCUGCAACUACCACAUCCAGGGCAACGAGGGCGAAGUCGUUCGCCUCUACUUUCCCAGCUUCCGCAUCAAUCGCAUCGAAGCCGCCAUAAGGAAGUACGACGGCGACUGCGCUGAGUCGCUCACGAUUUACGACUCCGGACGACCCGAUCCCGCACGCAUCAUCAAGACCUUCUGUGAUACCUUCUCGCGACCUAUGGAGAAGGUGGACUUCGUGAGCACGGGCCGGUCGCUGUACGUGCGCUUCGAGUCGCACACGGGCUCGUACAGCGGCAGCUCGCUAUACUACUGGGCGCACUAUGACUUCUUCAACAACACCAAGUUCGGCGACGCCGUGCCCAACACACUCUGCGACGAGGUCUUCUACGCGUGGAAGUUCACGAGGGGAAAGCUGCGCUCGCCGCUUAACACGCUGAUUUACAAGAGAACGGCCGGAAGCGACGUGCGAUGCCAGUACAAGUUCGUCACGGACAAGAGACUCUACGCGAGAGUUGUCGUGGAAGUCACUGCGGUGUCUUUUAAGGAGUUGCCCUACAACAUGAACUCAUGCACACGAUGCCACGAGGAGCGCGUGGACAAGCUCGUGAUCUGGGAGGAUCGGGACAAGCAGCAGAACCACCUGGCCUGCUUCUGUGACAACAUCCCGCGAGCUGUGCGCGUAAUUUCGUCCGGAGACCAGAUGAACCUCGAGAUGAUCGUUCAGGGUCAGCACGCCACUGCGUCAUACUUCAAGAACACCAAUCCACUAUUCCAGGCCAACUACGAGUUCGCACACGGGCCUCUGUGCGGCCCCAUCACCAUCGGCCCAUCGCCCGACGGGGAGCUCAUGUUCCCCUUCCGGAACGCCCUCGGACUGCCCAUUUCGAGCGAGCACAAGCACGAGAAGUGCAUCUGGGAGCUGCGCGUGGCCUCGCAGAGGGAUCUCUGGCUUCACCUGGACAAGGCGCGCUUCUCGGAGCGCUCCUGCGAUCAGGGGCGCAUCGAGGUGUACUUGGCGGGACGCCUGGAACCGCGCUUCAUCAUCUGUCCGGACAACACGAGUCUGGCGCGCGACUUGCCAAUUCUCUCGGCAGCCGAACUGGGCGCCCUGGAUAAUGAGAACGAGCCGCUGCCGGUCCUCAUUCAAUACAUCGGCGACAACACGCCGGGACGCAAUGCCUUCCGCUUGGUGUGGACGGAGCUCUUCCAUCUGCCCAGGAAUGCCGACGGAACACUGGCCACGUCAAUGCUUCAGGGUGGCGACUGUGAUUUCCGCUGUCCCGGCGACACAUCCGUCUGUAUUCCCAAGCAUCUCGUGUGCAAUGGCAUCAUGAACUGCCCCAACGUCACGAUGACCCUGACGAAUCUGGAGAAGAUCGCGCAGUACAUCGAGGAGAAUCUCAUUCGGCUGGGCAUCUAUGAUGACCACCUGAAGACUCUCACGCACCUCACAGACGAGUCUCCCGAGAUCUGCCAUCGAACCCCACCUGAGGACCUGCCCUACUUCAAACUGCUGCUCAUCGCGGCGGGCCUGAGCCUCCUGCUGGCCAUCUUCCUCGCCAUCCUCUGCCGGAUGUGCCGACGAAAGUACUAAGGUUGUGUAAAUAUGGACGCACAGCAAAAGGGUCUGACUUGUUAUGAAUCACUAAAAAUUAGUGAUUUUAUUAUCUCACCUGUAGAUUCUAGUGAACUGACAAGGGUAAUAAGAGUAAGUUUAUGUCUAUGGUUGCGCGGGUCUUCCCUCUAAAUUGACGUUUCCAGAAGCCCCGCCCACUCGAAUGCCCCGCCCAGUUGCAUCUUCUCUGUUUUGUGUGCCAUCUCGAACUGCCAAGAAGUCGCAAGAAUAGACUAAAAAAUACACCAAAUGUCAGUCAUUUUAGAUGGAAAUGUUUUAUAGUUAAGUGGCAAUUUGCCUUUUAGAGUGGUUUAUCGUGAAAAGUACGAGCAAUAAACUUUAACUUCCCGCCCGUGUAACCAAUAGAAGAUGCUGUAAAAGAUGUUUUCCUCAAUUUGAACACUUGUCAAUAUUUCAAAAAUAUUGAUACACACUCCUCAAUAGUCGUAUAAAGGUUAGAUGAGAGGCAGAGAAAAUUCACGCCAAAAUGUAAUGUCGUAGAAGUGAGAUGAAAAUUCUCUUAAUUUACGGAAGUCGUAAAGAGUAUUUUACGGUUUCUGCUCGACUUUUCCACUAGAGUCGUCACACAUCAAGAGAACACCAUUAAAGUGAUAAAAGAAUAUUAAGUGUUUGCCGCAAUUUUUCACAUUCACUUCUGGUUAGAUGCUUCACAUGGAAGUGGAUGGGAUGAUGUAGAGAAUUAGUGGAGGAGAGUAUUAAAUUUCACGUGCACGGAUAUUUAAGGAGAGUUCAUAAAUUGUAGAAGUAUUAUUGUGUAAAUAAAUAGACAGAAAAAAAUCUCAUUCCGUCUCAAUUAUUACAAUUUCAAUUCAUGCGAUAAACAUUUUCUUCUUGUUCAAUUGAAAGAAAAAUAACCAAAUUGUGUGGCAUUUAAAGGAGUUUCGUUUUCUACUCAUUUAGCAAGAUGUGGAAAAUUAGCAAAAAUUUUACAAUAAAGAUGAACAAAGUGAGAGAGAUGUAAAAGUAAUCUUAUGAUUUUAGGAAAAAAAGAAAGAUAAUAUACAUAUUGCAUAGAAAAGAGUGGAAGAAAGACAUUUCCUAUGGAUUACACUAAUUAGUAAUUGAAUGAAAAAGAUGGAAAUUUGUGUAAAUUUACCGAUAAAUAGUGAGUUAAAAGAUAAAAAUGGUGGAAAGUAAAAAAAAUAAAAUACAAUUAAUUAGAGAAUAAAAAUAUCUUUGAAAUAGUCAAAUCAAUUUAUUUUUAAACUGAAAUGAGACACAAGAAAUAAUAUGCGUAAAAAUCCCUCUCUAUUAAAUACCAAAAAUAUAAGAAUAAUUGUGUAUAAAGAAGUGAAUUUCUGGUGAGAAAGUGUCAUAAUAAAAAGAAAAUCACUUUUUCGCAUCUGAUCUCUCUGCUUUAUCACACUCUUCAAUUCAGACGAAUCUCUCAAUCAAUCCAACUAAACUACCAACCUAGACAUGUUACACGAGAUAAAUAUGAAAAUAAAUUUUUGUAAU